AUGAUCAACCCGCGAACGCCUUUCGCACCCCGCACGAAUCGGCCUGUCGCCUCUUCACCCUCGUUCACCUCGUCCUCGAAACGGCCGUCGCUCUCUCAACAUCUUCCGUCUCCCUCUUUCGUUCGAACGAAUGGCGCACAUGUCGAUCCAGACAACCUGAGCUACUGUCGACUGCACGGACAGUUCGUCAAGCGGGUCACGUGGCGAGGAAAGGAGAUUCUCAUCAAGUACGGCGAAGAAGUGUUCUCGUCGGAGGCCGAGGUGAUGCGAUUGGUCAGGGAGGAUACAACUGUCCCUGUUCCUGCGGUGCUUGGUGUCGCUGUCGAUGCGGCAUCCGGCGAGACCUUUAUCUACGAAGAAUUAGUCGAUGCUCCGACCCUCGCCGACGCCUGGGACAGUCUCACCCCGGCCGAAAUCAAGAGCAUCACCUCCGACUUCUCGCGCUGCAUCGCGGAACUCGCCAAGAUCGACGUGCCCGCCAACGUCCUCCUCGGCAACUACAACAUGUCUCUACACGCCCGCGUCGCCGACUCGUGCCACGUCACACGCAGCUACCGUCCCGAACCGACCCUGCGCACACUGGUCAACUUCCGCGAAUGGAUCCGCUUCGAGAUCAACCGGCGCUCACACUCGCUCAACGAGCUGUCCAUCCCAGCUGAUAUCGAGCGCUUCCUCGCGCAAGGCGACAUCGGUCUCGUCCACGCCGACCUAAGCGCCGGGAACAUCCUCGUCAAGAGCGGACGCAUCGCCGCUAUCGUUGACUGGGCGGAGGCAGCAUGGUUGCCGCGCAUUGCUGAGGCGUACACGCUCGUCACCUAUCUCGAGCGACACCGCUGUGAAUGCCGGGCGGGGUUGCAGGCGCUUCUUGCGACCUUCAAUCUCGAUGCGGAGACGCUCGAGGGCUUCAAGAUUUUGAGUAAGGCGCUCACAGCCUACCCGAACAAGAACUUCCCCAUGCUGCGAGGCAAUGGCGGCGCUCCUCGAGGCGCUCAACAUAGAGAAGCGGACUCUCGAAGGCCUCGAAGAGGUGCUUGA